AGCCGAACAAUGGAAAUUACUGGGUCAAGAGAAGGAUGGUUCCUUAUUAGUUGGAUGGACAGAGGAAACUGUAAAGGACAAUGUAAACAUAUCAUAUACAGUUGUAGGCCACUACGACCGGAUUAAUGAUAAGCUACAGUGUAAAUAAAAUGGAACAUCAUGCAGGUAUUGCACCAAUUCACAGAGGUAUUAAAUAUUGUACAAGCAACAAUAAGUCAAAGUCGUACUGUUUUUGGAUAUAUAACAAAACAAAAAGUUCCUGUAGAGACAAAAGUAAAUUCAGAGUCUACAGAAGACAAAGAUCAGAGCAUACCAACUGAAAUUGAAAUGUAUGAAGCAUUUAUUGUUGAAUUAAAAGGACAAGAAGUAAAUAUACACAAUUUGGAUGCAAAGAAAUCUAAACAAGUGAGAAUUCAAUUUUUAUAUAAAGAAAAAGAACAUGGACAAUGGGAUAAAUUUUUGUUAUUAAUUCAUCAAGAAUGUAUUAUAAUAUACACUGUAAUCUUUGAUACGUCUGUAUCAGAUGUUUAUUCAAUACAAGAAUUAAAAUCUGAACCAUUAGUUAAAGCAUUUAUUUGGGCUCAAUGGGACAUGGUAAAUCAGGUUUUAUAUCAUAUACACCAUAAAAAAAUUCCAAUAAGUUUAGUUUCUGAAGAUGAAGAGGAGAAAGAAAAUAAAACAGAAAGAACUAAUCCAACACUUAGUGGUCUUCAAUUUCAUGAUGAAUUGCCACAUGAAACAGUGCUAAAUAUACCACUAAAUUUACCUCAAUUAUCAAGUUCUUCCAACUGUGGGACAUAUGAGGAUGAUGUUAUACCUUUAAGGGUUCACGAUUGUUCUUUAGAUCUUAUUGUAGUUUCUGACCCUAAAGGUAUGGUCUGUGUUUGCCAUCAUUACUUAUAUCGUCCAGUAAAACCACAGCAGCAUGUACUUAAUUCAUUGAAUGAAUCUAAUACAGUGCACUUUGCAUAUUCUGUAACACUUCUUCAUCGCAGCUGUGUGAUUCAUUGUGUUAUACCAGGCAUACCAUGGUCUCAUGCUAAACUUAUACGACCGACAUUCGCAAUAUAUGAACAUCAUCACAUGAUUGUUCUUGUACCAGGUCUAUUUACUCAUGUUCUCGAAAUUGGAACAAAUCAUGAACCAUGUUGCCACAUAUUAUGUGGUCCUUUAAUUUCCCUUCCAUCUCGUUCUUCUUAUUUGGUACCAUUGCUUGAAUUAGAAACUAAUACCAAAGGAAGCAAAAAAAAAUAUGAUACAGCUUCCCUAGAAGGAAGCAGUACAUCUCAAUUUAAUAUGAACAUAUUAACAAUAGACUUACCAACACUGGAUUUAGUACAAUUAACAAUCUCAUCCGACUUCCUUACUGAAGUAUUUCGUAAAGAAAAUUCGAUAGAAGUACGCUUGGGUAUAUUGCACUACUUUCUUUGUCAUAGAAAUGAUCUGGAUAUUAUUUCAGAAUUAGUAUGUGCGAUUGCAGAGAAACCUAGAUCAUUGGAAAUUGUACGGUACAUGCAAGAAAUUCUCAUUGGUGGUUCAUAUGCUUUAGUACAAAAAAAUUUGUUAGCAGAUGCUAUACCUUUAUUGGCUUUGUUGCCUGUUACGACUAUGGAAGAGUACAUAAGUUUUGAGAUUAAAGUGAACGACUUAAGUAUAACAUUGAGUCAUGAAAAACUAUGGAAUACAUCUGUAAUGUUACUAUCACCGCAACAAAGGUUGAUUCCUUACCGCAGUGACUUGUGGACUCGACUGUGGGAUCAACUUAGUAAAAAUAACGGAGAUAAAACAAGAUUUAAGCCGAGUAAAAUUGCAGAAAAAUUAUUAGUUUCUUUAGCAUGUUAUCAACCUGAAGCAUUAUCCAGAUCCAGUACACCAAUGUCUCCAAGUGGAGGAUUAGUUGUGGCUACAGUGUCGCUUGGAGAUUUAUCAAGUGGUCGUAGUAAUAAACUCAUGGACUCAGGUUUGCUAUUUAAUGAAACAGAAAGUUGUACUGCUUCUAAGCAGGAACAUAUUGUAUCUGUAAAUUUACGAGAAUUAUCCAUGUAUUUAUUAAAACAUGGUACUCAGACAUCCAUAACGCAUCUUAAGGGAUCGUGUACUCCAUUACAUGUCCACGCAAUGGCAACUAGACAUGUGGCUGCGCAAUUAGAAACAUCGCGGGCUCUUUGUCAAAUGUUAUGUCGAGCGGCUAGCGUCGAUCCACGAAUUGAACAAGAGCGUGGUUUUAUUCUUGUCGAUCAAUUAGACGAAAUAAGACGAUGGUUAUUGUUCGUAUUAUUGGAGCGCUAUAGGCGCGCAAUAGAAAGUAUAGCAUUCCCAGCACCACAAGGAUUCACAUCGUUUUUUACUUAUCUUGGAUAUAGAACCCUAAAAUAUUCGAUGUUUUUACAAUAUGUACAACGAUCAGUAUUCGAAUUACAAGUCGAUGUCAGCAAAAUUAUUAUGGCUGAUAUUAGUGAUACAAAAGAAAAUGCCAUUCGUAAAUUAACUUUAUUGUCUUUAUUACCAAGAUCACGAGCGAAAAGACUUUUAAAUCAAUGGUUACAUCCUGUAAGCUUUAUGUUCAGAGCUCGUGAACACGCUGCAAAUAUUUUAUCUGGUGAGAUAUGCCAAAACCGAGGUAGAACAUUGCAAUAUAGAAAUCAUCAUAAUGGUUUAGCAGCAUUUCCUUCAGCAGAUCGUUUAUCUCCAUUGGACACAUUUCUUGAUCUUCUUACAGCAAAAGCUAGUCUAGCUGAGUUAGAUUUUGGCCUGCUUAUAGAAGCUACAGUAACAUCUACAGAAGAUUUUUUAUAGGUAAAUGUAUUCUAAUUUUCUAGAAUCAGUUAUAAUAGAAAGUGUAGUGCAAAUAGUCAUCUGAUCGUGCAAAGUGCCAUUAAUAUCUUCCAAAAUAUUUAGUAUUUAUGAACAUGUAAUUUUAACCUUAUUUUACAAAUUCUCAUGCAUUUCUUAUCGAAAAUUCUAUACAGGGUAGAGAUUUUAAAUAGAAUAGUCAGAUAAUACACUCUAAAUACCUAGAUAAUUUAACUAAUGCUCAUGUUUCUAUUUACAUUAUGUUAAAGUUGGAUAAAUCAACAAUUAAUUCUUAUGAUUAUUUUAAAAAUGUUUUAUAUUUUAAGAUUAAUGUUUAUUCUGUUCAAGUUUAUAAACUGGUUACUUUAUGAUGUUACAAUUGCAUAAGUGCUGCAAAAACUAUAUCUUUGUUUUCUGUAUACAUCAUGAGCCAGUUUUCUGCCGCAAAACUUUGUCAGCAUAUUCUACAAUCAAAAUUAAGAAAAAGAAUGAUGUAUGAAUAUAGGCUCUUAAAUGCUUUAUUAAAAAGUUAUGACAAAAAUACGAAAUGAUAACAGACCAUUUCUAUGACACAGUAUAAGAACAUAUUGCCGAUAUCUGUCUGAUAUUACACAAAUGUUUACACAUAUUAUAAUAUUUACUUGCUAAGAUCAGUGAGUUGAUUAACCAGUAUGGCAAAGGUUAAAUGACCACUACCUUCAAUGAUGGGUAAGCCAAGGAGAAUUAAUUCCUUAGUCCCCAAGAUCAUUAGGUAUCACAUCAAUAGAUCUUUACUUGUGAGAAAUUGUGAACGAAAAAGUUUAUUAUUAACGUUUAUUAUAAAGUUUAUUAUAAACACAAAUUAGUAUGUGUUAGGAGUUAAUGCAAAGAAUUUAUGAUGUAUUUGCUGUAGUUAAGCAAAAUGACCAAGAAAUUCUACUAUAGUAGACUCCAUUUUCCAUAGAUGCCAUUUCUGCGUACAUAAUAAUAGACAACAUAUUUAAAAUGGAAUUUAAAUGGAAUUAAAAUAAAAAUGGAAUAAUGAUUGAACUUGAAAACGAAAGCACUCUGUUGUCAUUUCAUAAUUUUGUUAUAACUGCUUAAUAAAGCAUUUAAGAACCUAUGUUUACAUAACAUUUUUUUCUUAUUCUUGCCUAUAGACUAUGCAGGUAAAGUUUUGCAGAGAAAAUCUGAGCACCCUGUAUAUUACUAGUUGAAUUUUUGUUACUAAGUUAUUAUAAUUUUAUAUUAAUGUGAUUAAUCAGUUAAUCAAAAGCUUGUGUGUGAUUUUCUUUUGUAGUUACAUUAGUUUAUCAGUAUGUGUCACAGUGUGCUAUACAUAUACAGAAUGUUCUUGAAAUCAUGGUACAAUCAGGAAGAAGAUGAUUCUUUACGUAAAAGUAAGUUGAAAGUAUAGAUUUCUAGGUCCUGUAUCUCACAUCCCACAUCUUGUAUAAUAUAUCCCGCAAUAAAUAACACUGCUUUUUAUACCUAAUACCUCAUAAUCUACAUACUACUACAUUUCUAUCCCACUUUCCAUAUUAUUUAAGUAUGUAAUCUAUAUACUAUGAUAUAUCCAACAUCUAUCCAGUAUUCCAAGCACAGCUUAUUCUUACCCCUAAUUCACUUAAUUCACAUCCCAAGUCACAUCAUCAGGGUCAUCUUCUUUCCGAUUGUAUCAUGAUUUUGAAAAUAUCCUAUUUGCAUCAUCCAACAGUUUUUGAAUUGUUGUAGUGUGAAUUAAGUUACAAAAAGAAUCAUUUAUGAUAAAAUUGUAAUCUGUGUAAAUUUUUUAUGUGUAUUGUGAAAAGUAUUACAAAACUACAUAUCAGAAGAUAUGUACAAACAUACAACAGUAUUAAUAAUUUUUAUGUAAAAGUGAAUAUGAAUAUUUAAAAAAUGA